AAGGCUUCAGAGGGGUGGACAGCAGUCAGACCAGAACCAUGGGGCUCACCGUCCUCUUGGUCCUUGCUCUCCUCACGGGCCUCUUACUUCUCAUGUUCAGGGGCCACCCAAAGACCCAUGGCCGUCUCCCACCAGGUCCACGUCCUCUGCCCUUGCUGGGGAACCUGCUGCAGAUGGACAGAAAAGGGCUGCUCAAAUCAUUCCUGCAGUUCCGAGAGAAAUAUGGAGAUGUGUUCACCGUGUACCUGGGGCCAAGGCCCGUAGUCAUGCUGUGUGGGCCAGAGGCCAUACGGGAGGCCCUGGUGGACCAAGCUGAGGCUUUCUCUGGCCGGGGAACAAUUGCUACCAUGGAGCCUGUCUUCCAGGGAUAUGGGGUGAUCUUUGCUAAUGGGGAACGCUGGAAGGCCCUUCGGAGAUUCUCGUUGACCACCAUGAGGGACUUUGGGAUGGGAAAGCGGAGCGUGGAGGAGCGGAUUCAGGAGGAGGCUCAGUGCAUGGUGGAGGAGCUGCAGAAAUCUCGGGGAGGCCUUGUGGACCUCAUAUUCCUCUUUCAGUCGGCUACUGCCAACAUCAUCUGCUCCAUUGUCUUUGGAAAACGCUUUGACUACAAAGAUCACCAGUUCCUGAGGCUGCUGGACCUGUUCUAUAAGUCCUUUUCACUGGGCAGCUCCUUUUCCAGCCAGGUGCUUGAGCUCUUCCCCAACAUCCUGAAACACUUUCCUGGCACACACAGGGAAAUCUACAAUAACAUGCAGGAAAUCAACACUUUCAUUGGCCACAGUGUGGAGGAACACCGUGACACCCUGGACCCCAGCAGCCCCAGAGACUUCAUCGAUACCUUCCUGCUCCGCAUGGACAAAGACAAGUCUGACCAGCACACUGAGUUCCACCACAAGAACCUCAUCCUGACCUCGCUUUCACUCUUCUUUGCUGGCACGGAGACCACCAGCACAACUCUCCGCUAUGGCUUCCUGUUUUUGCUCAAAUAUCCCCAUAUCACAGAGAGAGUCCAAAAGGAAAUUGAACAGGUGAUUGGCUCACACCGCCCACCAGCCUUGGAUGACCGAACCAAAAUGCCAUACACUGAGGCAGUCAUCUGUGAGAUGCAGAGAUUUGCGGACAUUGUCCCCUUGGGUGUGCCCCACGUGGUCACCAAAGACACGUCCUUCCGAGGGUUCGUCCUCCCCAAGGACACGGAAGUAUACCCAAUCCUGUCCACUGCUCUCCAUGACCCACAUCAUUUUCAAAAACCAGACACCUUCAACCCUGAUCACUUUCUGGAUGCUAAGGGGGCACUGAGGAAGAGUGAAGCUUUUAUUCCCUUCUCCAUGGGGAAGCGUAUCUGUCUUGGGGAAGGAAUUGCCCGUGCUGAGUUGUUCCUCUUCUUCACCACCAUCCUCCAGAACUUCUCCAUAGCCAGCCCAGUGCCGCCUGAGGACAUUGACUUCACUCCCCAGGAGGUUGGUUUUGGCAGAGUACCCCCAGUAUACGAGAUUUCUUUCCUGCCCCGCAAGAUGGACUGAGGGGAGAGGAAUAAACGAUUGCAGAUUCAUUAAGUGCCUAACUGUAGAGAAUGACAGCUCACUUUCUGCAUCUAAGAAAUCUGUUGUGAACCAGCAUCUUUCCCCCACCCCCAUGCAAAAGUUAUUUUUGUAGGCUUCCUUCCAUACUGCUGCAGUUUUUCUAAAGCUCUGUGUUGAUUCCUUUCUUGUGUGAAUUGAGGUGCAGAAGUUAGGAAGUGGAUCAACAAUAAUCAAGCCCCUUCUUUGUGAAAUAUAAAGCAGUUAGGGGUUAAAAGUGACAAAUUGCCCCAAAGGGCCGUCUGGAGUUCUGCCUCCCAGGAUACAGCUCACUUCGAAUGACUUUUUCCUUGCUAGGAAUGAUCACACACUGUGUUUGUCACCUCCUUGUGUUCCAUGUUCUGUGCUAAAUAGUUCUAUGUAAAAAUUUGCCUCUCCAUUGCCCCAGGUGAUGGGUGCCGGGGUCAUGCCCAUUUUACAGAUGAAUAAGAGAGAUCAGACAAUGGCAACAGCUGUCUGAGGUCACAAUGCCAGUGAGUGGAGGAGCAGAUUGAUCCUCCAGUGUAAAGCUCAAACUCUUCACUGUUGCACCACUGAAUGAAGAUGAAAUUAACCUAACAUAAAAUGGACCAUUCUAACAUGUACAAUUAAGUGCUACAUAGUUCAUCCAGAAGAUGGUACCUCUGGGAGAGGUUGGAGCUGGAAAUUGAUCUCAUGUGUGAGGGCAGGACAGAGCCACAGUGCCUCAAGUAGUCACACCAUCUCAGUCUUGAAAAAGCAUCCUGCCUGGAAAUAGUUGCUAGGCAACAUAGCAAGAGUAUAAAUAAACAUUCCUACUGUUGAUGUUAGGUCCCCUUGCACAUCAGGUAAGAGGUUGCCAUCACCUAACCCAGCAUUUGUCUCUUGCUUUUAUUUUCCUCAUAACCUACUCUUCCUUCCUGUGGUACAACAAGAGACCCAAGAAGUCCGUUACAGUACCCAUAUCACUCUAGUUUCAGACAUAUUUGUCACCUUCCCCCAAAACCUUGUACUUAUUUAGCAGCCACUCCCUGAUCUCCUUUCCCCAGCCCCUGGAAAUACCAAUCUGAUGUCUGUCUCAGUGGUUUGCCUUCUGGUCUUCUCGAUGUUUCAUAUAAAUGGAAUAAUACAAACUGUGAUGUUUUGCUUAUUUGUUUUAAAAAAUAUUGACAUAACAUUUUUAAGGUUCUAUGAUGUUAAAUACUGCAGUCAUAUGCUGCCUCUGGCCUCCCUCAUUCUGCUACUUAGCUGCAUUGCACUGUUUUUCUUCCUCUGUGGAAGGCAUGCUUGGACUCCACCACUUGAACUGUGUGAUUGUGUACUGGCACCAUGGAUUCCCUCAUAUUUUGCUUUAAAUCUCCUGAGAAUCAAAUAAACCUGGAAAACUUGAUCCCCCUGUCA